GAAUGUAGGAGUUGAGAUGUUUUAAAGAUUGACGAUUUUAUAUAUUUUCAUCGUUCUACCAAAUAUUAAACGGUUUAAAAGUAUCUCAACGUGUCCUAUGUGGUUAUGAGUUGUAGUAGACGCCGUGUUCAAGUAUUAUGGCCACAGACUUAGCCGCAGUAAGCGAACUACAUUCAAUUGAAGUCGAGCCUACAGUGAAUCAUACGAAUUCUGCUGUCUCGAAUGAGAAAUGGCACAUUUUCCGGAAGCCUAGAAAACGCUAUAAAGGUCGACCUAGUUCAAACGACACAAGCUCAACAAAGGAUUCUGAGUCCCAUACAAACCACAUAUCCGACUCGAGCAGUUUAGACGAGGACAGGGAAAUGGUUCGCAGAGAUUUGGGAAACCGUGGUGCGGCUUCACUUGAUGCUGCUAAGCACAAGCCAGUGGCAUUUGCCGUAAGAACGAACGUCAGAUAUGAUGCUUCUGAAGAAACAGAGUGCCCUGUGCCCAAUACUGCCAUUUCAUUCGACGUCAGAGAGUUUCUCCAUGUCAAAGAAAAAUUUAACGAAGAUUGGUGGAUAGGCAGGGUUGUAAAGGAAGGUGGUGCAGUUGGUUUUAUUCCAAGUCCAAGUAAAUUGGAAUCAAUCAGACUUCUUACUUCUGUCAGUGGAAAGGGAACCAAGGGAAGCAGGGGUAGUGGCGGCGGGGUACAGCUUGGUGAUGGAUCCCCUGGGUCACCCGGAGGAAUGUCAUAUGAGGGAGAGAAUGGGAUCGAUUACGACGAGGAGCCACCCCCUACCCCCACUAGUCCCACCAGUCAGGGAAGUGGUCGUUCGUCUGUACCCAGAACAGGCUCUGGUACUUUACCUAAUCAAAACACAGGAAAGAAGAAAGUGUUCUUCAAAAAGCAAGAGCAGCUUGCGCCUUACGAUGUUGUCCCUGUGAUGAGGCCAAUAGUUUUCAUUGGACCUUCAAUGAAAACCUAUGAAGUAACGGAUAUGAUGCAAAAGGCCUUAGUUGACUACAUCAAACACAGGUUUGAGAGCAGAAUCAUCAUCCAUCGUUGUAACACCGAAAUUGGAAAUAAACGUGCUUCGUUACAAGGAAAUGGCAAAAAACCUUUAAUGGAGAAGACGAACAGCAAACAAAUGCUGAGUGAAGUUCAACAAGAAAUUGAUCAUAUUUUUGAGCUUGCCAAAAGUCUAAAUCUUCUUGUCCUGGAGUGUGAUACGGUCAACCAUCCUUCACAGCUUGCCAAGUCAACUUUGGCUCCGAUUAUCAUUUAUUUGAAGAUUGCAUCGGCAAAGGUGCUUCAACGUCUCAUCAAGACUCGAGGGAAAUCUCAGAGUCGUCACCUUAAUAUUCAGCUGGUGACCGCUGAGAAACUGGCUCAAUGCAACGAGGAGUCCUUCGACUUGAUUCUUGACGAAAAUCAGCUUGAGGACGCCUGCGAACAUUUGGGUGAUUUCCUGCAGCAAUAUUGGCGGGAAACACACCCUGACGUGAGCACGGUGAUCGAGGAAAACCAUUCGGAACCAGGCCCCUCGAUGUUCAACCAGGAGCAGCAACGACCUAGUGUCUACCUAUAACCGCGCGUCUGAAGCACAAUUUUGAAGCUCUAACGUAGACGCUACCUUGGUUAGCGUAGCUUUUUUACGAACGAAUGAAGUUUACCUGAUUGUUGUAGCCGAAUAUGGCUUUUUACACACCUUUCUACCCAUGCUUAAAAGAAGGUGAACACUGAGGUAUAUUCCUCGCGUGGACUUUUCCUCGCGUGGAUUCGAUCCUCGUUUUGAGAGAAUUGGUGUUUCCAUUUCACUUUUUGCAAGGAAUUGGCUUGAAUAUUCGCAAAAGUUAGACUGGAUUAAUCCUAGUCAAGAGAAUGGGGAAAAAAGAUAGUUUGAUGCUGGCAGGUGUUGAUGAUAUUCGGUGGAAACACAACUCGUAUAUAGUGCUGUGUAACCCAUUGCAGGAAAUAUUUGCAACCAGUUCAGGGCAGCACAAGUUGUUAUGUAGUGGUGAUUAUGUAGAAAAAUGUUUUAUAUUGAGCACAUGGAAGGGACUUAUUUAUAUACUAAUAAUAUUGUAAGGCAAAUGUAGCUGUGUAGUAUAUAUGCAUGUGACGGGGUUUCAGAGAUUGUCUUUCCAAAGUUGUUUACAAAUGACAACCCUGAAAGAAUUUUGAGCGAUUCAUGAGCGGUUAACAUAAGCUUAAGGUUUUGUUUCGAUUCGUUUUAUACUGAGUAAUUUUGCAGCUUUUUUGUUCGGUAGACUAUAGGCAAGUUUUGACAUUAUUUUUAUUGUUCUGAAUAGCGUAAAUCUUUGCUUUGGAUGGACGCGCUUUGCGAGAAACAAAAAAGUUUUUUGCGUCACAAGCAAUGCUGCAUGUCUGGCAGCAAAGUGUAGUUAUUUACGCAGCUUAUUUUAAUGCAUCUAGGAAAAAAUUGGUUUCUUUGCAACUUUGCAAAAUUUGUUGAAUUUAUUGUGUCAUGAUUUGGUAACUUACAAGGAUUGUUUUGCUGUGGUAAUGCCAAUGAAUUAAUUCAGUGUCAUUUGUGAAUAACAUGGACUUUGCUUUGGACAAUUUUGAUAACCAUCUUGCAUUAUAUAUACUGGUAGUAUAUCUGUUAACAAAUCUAAAUAUGAUAUUAUGAUAUGCAUGGCAAAUAUCACCUUAAUUAUAACGUGAAUUUCAAAUUUUUACACUUGUAAAGUAAAUAUAUUAUAUGUAGAAAUUAG